UCUGUAUAAUAACACAGACUUAGGAACUAAUAUAACUGAAUUGCUCCUCUGAUAGCUAGAUAUAUUGAGGUGUUCGGAUAGACAGGGCAGAAUUUAGCAGGCACUGUGAAAUGUGCACAAUGUUGGGACCUCAUACAAUACUGCAGUGAGUAAUGGACACUAGAGGGCACCCAAUGUCAGUUCUAGUCUGUGAUCACACCCUUCAGCUGCAGGCUGCGGCAGUGUCCAGUCUCGGCUUGAGAACAAGAGAGGGGGAGAGAAAGAGCUGGAUAAAUAAAUGAAACAAGUGGGAGAAUGGAGUUUGAUAAAGGGAGGGAUAGAGAGAGAGAGAGUUUGCCUUGAGUCGUCCCUGUAGCUGUCGUGCCUGUAGCUGGUUGUGUGUCCGCAGUUGCUCUUGAUGAGGGUGCUAUUCUGCUGUGGUGGGGGCUGUCUGUCUGCUUUUGCUGAGGGCGCUGUUCUGCUGUGGUGGGGGCUGUCUGUCUGCUCUUGCUGAGGGCGCUGUUCUGCUGUGGUGGGGGCUGUCUGUCUGCUCUUGCUGAGUGCUCUCACUGUCCUGUGUCCUCCCCUGUCUGUCUCGCUCUAUCUAUAUGGAUCUCUCUAGUUGAAAUUCAAAUAAGCUUUAUUGACAGGAGAGGUACCAUCCAAUGUUGCAAAAAGCCAUUUAAAGUACACAGAAAUAACACACAAGACAUUGCACAAGUAAUCAAAAUACCACACAGAAUAAUAGAAUGGACUGGAAAUGGAUGUUCAUUCCCAACUCUAUGCUCUCUCUUCUCUCUCUCUCUCUCUCUCUCUCUCUCUCUCUCUCUCUCUCUCUCUCUCUCUCUCUCUCUCUCUCUCUCUCUCUCUCUUUCUCUCUCUCUGUCUCUCUCUCUGUCUCUCUCUCUCUCUCUCUUUCUGUGUGUCUCUCUCUCUCUGUCUCUCUCUCUCUCUCUCUUUCUGUGUGUCUCUCUCUCUCUGUCUCUCUCUCUGUCUCUCUGUCUCUGUCUCUGUCUCUGUCUCUGUCUCUGUCUCUCUCUCUCUUUCAGUGUCUCUCUCUGUCUCUUUCUCUCUUUCUUUCAUUCUCACUUGAAGAAGUAUUUAUAUUUUCAAUUUGUGUUUGCACAGAAUAAUUUUCAACUUUCUGAGAGGCACAGUUCUGGGACGCAAAGACAACCCCCUGACAGUUUUGCAUUAACUUUUUGUAUGUUGAGUUUUGGAAUUUGCUAUUUUUAUAGAACAGGAGAAAUGUACCUAUCUCUUCUACUCACACUUUCAAGAUCUCUUUCACACACUGUAUCUACAGUAUCUGUGUACUCUUUAUUGUGUUUCUGUCUUUCCAUCUUUCUAUGUCACUCUCUUCACCUCUCACUAUACAGUAUCUCUCUUCCUGUCUGUGUCAGAUAUCUUCCUGGUCUUGUUGAUGAAAAGCAUACCCUGGUCAUUAGUACACAGUGUCACUUAGUGUUCCUGUGAAAUGUGUUCUGGACCUGUCGUUCUUGACUCACUUGGAAGUGUUGUGUUUUAUAUACACAGUGAGGAUGAUAUAUCUCAAUCAGAUUCUACAACAGGAAAUGGCUCUUAUUUACAACGUGGACAACAGAUGGGGCAGCUGCCUGACGAGCUCCUUAAAAGAGACAAUUAGAUAGACAAGAUUUAAGAUAUGAGCCAGAAGAGGUACUUUUCCCUGCUGCAGGAGCCAGGUGGAAGAAUUGUGCUGCUGUGUGUGUAAUUGAUAGGAUUGUGUUGUUUUUCAGGCUGUGAUAACCAGUUCCUCCAGCUGAAAGACUAAAUGUCAUGUUGUUCUCUAAUCUCAUGUCAACAGAUGAAAAUCAGGAUAUAAAACCAGGAGAUGACUUAUUCAUUAAAUUAUUUAGUUACUGCUACCCUUAUUUGUUAGUGUAAAGUUUGGAAAUUAUGCAAACUGUCUAAGUGGAACCAUUCCAGAUGUAAUUUUUCCCUUUGGUUCUUCAGUAUCCACCACCAUAACAUGACAUGAUUGAUAAAGGUGUAUUGCUGGUGUGCAUCAACAGAAUCUCUAGAAUAGAUUGGCUAUUUUAGAUAUGUUUAGGUGACCUUUCCACCCAGUAUUCCUUUUCGAGUCCAGCUCAGAGUUCUCAUUUCCUCUUCUUGUGAUGGGGUCAGGGUGUCUUGGUCAGCCAGAGUCUUUAGGAUGUGGGUUACCCAUUGCAUAUGGUGAGGACUGCGGAAAUGGGCUGGCUGCUCAGUGAAUCAGUGGUCUGUAGUCCACUGCUUACUGCUGGAAUAAUUCACCCAGAUCCCAAGAUCCCCUGGUUCGCUCUGACAGAUCUGUUCUCACACUAACACAUAGCCUUGCUUGAGUUUAGACUUACAAGUCCAUGAGCCUGUGUUGGAGAUAAUGGGCUUUUCAGGAAUGAGUCAGAGACGUUCUCUCUGUCUCUCAAACACGCACGCACGCACGCACGCACGCACGCACGCACACACACACACACACACACACACGUCGCAACAUCAAAAGUAAGUAAACACUACCUUUCACAUUUGAGUUUAACUUAUAAGGUCAUAGAGUGUGUAACACAAGCAAAUCGUUCCAUUCAACGGCCUGUUAGAUAUAGCUAAAGCUAUUGACACACUGACUUCAUUGCUCUCUGUACAAAAUGUAUUGAGCAUCAUUAACUUGGGUACUCAAGUUGUGAUUUAAUGCAUCACCUGAAUUUAUUUCACUGAAGUCAGCGCCCCAAACAAAGUGUUUCUCAGGAAAUACAUGACAUUGGCAACACAAUAUCAUCUUGAAGUCUUGUGCCCUCCUGCUUUUAACCACAGAAAGAAGCUUCCUUCUUUUCUGUAGGAAAGAACUUGGCCUACAAAUGUAGGAUCUUAAUUUGAUCACGCUGUUUCAGGGGAACUUUGCAGGAAAACAACUGCAGGAAAACAACUUGUAGUCUAUUUGAAGUUUAAAAAGGUUUCUGAAGUUUGUAAUUUCCACUUUGUAAUGUAAGACUUGAUUUUCCCUUACAAAAAAAUUAUAAACCCCUACAAAAAUGUACAUGAAUUAUAAUCCACAUAAUAAUUCACAUUUCCUGUUGCUGCAGGAUUAUAUUCCUGCUGUAGCAAACUGGCUCAAAUUAAGAUGCUACAUCUGUAUUUGUUUUCUUGGAUGGUAAGGUUAAUUCAUUAUAUGUUAAUUAUAUGCUGGAGCAGGUUUGUAUUGGCGAUUUUCCAACUUCAAGAUAUUACUAGUCCAAAACUGACAGCAUAUGACUGACUUUGUGUUAACUUGCUCAAUGAAAGUAAACUACUGCAUUAAAAUCCAUAACAUUACAGUGAAUUCUGCCAGUGCCAUAAACUAUGUAUGCCCACAGAUGUUAUAAAGACAGAUGUUUUAAAGUAUCUUCCCAGUAAUAAGCCUAGGCCUACCACAUGUUCCCCAUUCACCAACUCUUGUGCACAGGACUCAAUUGCCACUCUGAAUAGACAGUAGUUUCAGAGUGACAGAUUAAUGUACUCUAAUUUUGUUGAUGGAUGCACAGAGAGAGUACCUGGGGCAUGCUGGCCAGUAUGGUCUGGACUGUGUCGUGUAAAUCUGUUAAUAUUUUGACAAUGAUGAGGAUGAUUAUAAUAAUGUUGAUGAUGAUGAAGAUGACGAUUAUUAUUGUGAUGAUGAUGUGGAAAGUGAUGGUGCUGAUAGUUAGGAUGAUGGUGAAGAAAAUAAGUGGGUACCGCGUGCACAGUGGUGAUACAGAGAGGGAAUGAGACGUAGGGCUUAUUGGGGACACCACGGGCAUCUUAGAUGUGAUUAUUUCAGCUGACACUCUGAAGUCUAGCACUGACAGCGAUCCCUGUGUUAGAGGUUGUGGAUGUAAGGGCGAUGCUAGUGAUCUGCAUCGUUAUAUGCCUUUCCCAAAUGUGGCGGUGCAGGGUGCGCUAUAGCAGAGGACAGAGCUAUAAGAGCUGCUUUAGGGGAAGCCGCCAUGCAGCGGUUCAGGUUCAAACUAAUCAGGGCAAUUACAGUCCCCAAAACGUGCCAUGUUUGAGAUCGGCUACCUGUUGUAAAAUUUGACUGCAGGGUUUUGCGUCGCAGCAUGAGGCAGGCUAAUUGCACAUUUGAUAUAAUGAUUAACAAAAGACUAUAGGGAAUAAUUGGUGGGACAACCCAAAUUAACAAUUUAAUUUUCAACCAUACAGCUCUGCUGGUUUUCCAUAUCCAUUUAAACGAGUGAUGUAUUGCAGUGUUGACUCAAUUUAUCAUGUGCACAGACACGGUAAAUGGCCAUAAAUGAAACCAUUCUAAGGCGGUGGAUUUGUAUUCAGUUCCGUUAUUUUUCUUAAUUAAGGUGCUGAUAUGUGAAAUGCAGCCAACCGUCUUUGAGCACACGGACCCUCCCCGCUGCUCUGCACUGACACCAUCACAUUGAGCACUGGAGGUAGAGAGAGAGACACAGGGAGAAAUUGAUGGGGAGGCGGGGGAGGUUGCACCAGUGGGGAAGGAGAAGGGGAGAGAGAGAGAGACCCUGAGCGCGCGAGAGCGAGCUACGCAGCACCAGUGGCAGGGAAACACACCCGUCAGCCGCGCGCUGAGGAGAGAAAAAAGACAUCACGGACAAAGGCAACAUGGAUGCGUUGGAGAAGUAUCCGUUCAAACAGAUAACGGAAUGGAUGUGCCGUUCCUCUUGCAUUUAACGGGGAACCAAUUAACUUGUUUUAAUGCGGUGGUGGGGGGCGAGGUACUGCAAGCUAAAAAGGCGGAAAGCUGUAUUUAAUCCGUCUGCGGAUCCCAUGAGCUUGCAAUGGCUGUUACGGGGAUAUGUAACUGUAUAGGAAACAAUGUGGCUCUUUCUUUUGUUGUAUUUUUCUUAUUUUGUGGCCUUUCACUUGGACAACUACGGUACUCUAUUCCUGAGGAAUUAGAAAAUGGAGCGGCGGUGGGGGAUCUUGUGCAGGAUUUGGGGUUGGAUAUCCGAAAGCUCUCCAAUCGAAAGAUAAAGGUAACCACCAGUGGAAAACGGUAUGUGGAUGUCAAUCCCAAAAAUGGAAAAUUAAUUGUCAAUGAAAGAAUCGACAGAGAGACGUUGUGUGAUUUAAGCAGCACCUGUUUUAUACAUUUAGAGGUGCUUGUUGAAAACCCAUCCGAGGUGCACAGUGUUGAGGUGGAGAUUGUGGAUGCUAAUGACAAUGCGCCGAAGUUCCCUAGAGAUGAGUAUCAAUUGGAAAUUACAGAAUCGGCUUUACCAGGGUCUCGUUUCCCCAUUGAGAAUGCCCUGGAUCCGGACGUGGGAUCCAACUCCGUUCGUCUAUAUCGGCUCAGCCCAAACGAACACUUCGCGCUGGAUUCCAACAAACCCUCCAUCAACAGCAAGCACAUUGAGCUCGUGCUCAAAAAGCCCCUUGACCGCGAGCUGGCGCCUUACCACCAAUUAAUUCUGACUGCUGCAGAUGGCGGAACACAAGCAAAAACCGGUUCAGCUAAAAUUAAUGUGCGAGUCCUGGACACCAAUGACAAUGUCCCUGUAUUUGACAGCUCAGUGUACAAAGUAAAAUUGUUAGAAAACUCACCAAAAGACACACUGGUCAUCAAAUUGAAUGCCACAGACCUUGACGAGGGUACCAAUGGUGAGGUGUAUUAUUCUUUCAGCAGCUACACUCCUGAGAGAGUCAGACAGAUGUUCAGCAUGGACAGCAACACGGGAGAGAUCAGAGUGAGGAGCAAUGUGGACUAUGAAGAAACCAACUCUUAUGAGAUGUAUAUCCAGGCCAUGGAUAAAGGCCCUGGUGCUGUGGCAGCCCACUGUAAGGUGGUGGUGGAGGUGGUGGAUGUGAAUGACAAUGUCCCAGAGAUAGUCCUGUCUUCUCUCUCCAGCCCAGUGAGGGAGGAUGCCCGGGCUGACACCGUGGUGGCCCUGAUCAGUGUCACAGACCGGGACUCUGGUGCUAACAAACAGGUGAGCCUGGAAAUACCCCUGGGCCUCCCCUUCAAGAUCAAGUCCUUUAGAAACUACUACACCCUGGUCACCUCCGCUUUCCUGGACCGUGAAACCACCGCUGCCUACAAUGUCACCCUCAGCGCCACUGACGGCGGCACCCCACCCCUCUCCUCCCAAAAGACCAUACAGGUGGAUGUGGCUGAUGUGAAUGACAAUCCGCCACGCUUCGAGCAGACCUCCUACACGGUCUAUGUGACGGAGAACAACGCCCCCGGGGCCUCGCUGUGCACUGUGAAGGCCCAGGACUCAGAUGUCAACGAGAAUGGACGCAUCACCUACACUGUCCUCAAUGACAACAACCACGGGAUCCCUGUCACCUCUUACGUCUCUGUGAAGGCCGAAACGGGAGAGGCCUACGCCCUGCGCGCCUUUGACUAUGAGUCACUCAGGGAGUUCCACUUCCAGGUCAAAGCUCAGGAUGGAGGCAUUCCACCCCUCAGCCGGGUGGCCACUGUCUACAUCUACAUCAUGGACCAGAACGACCACGUGCCUGAGAUCGUCAAACCCCCAGGCAACAGUACGCGCUCCACAGAGACAGUCCUGAAGAACGCUGAGGCUGGCGCCCUGGUGACCAAGGUGGUGGCGUACGACGCAGACGCAGGUCCCAAUGCCUGGCUGAUCUAUGUGUUGGAUCAGUGCACAGACUUGGAACUGUUCAAGGUGCACGAACACACAGGGGAGAUCCGCACCACGCGCAGGGUCUUGGAGGACAACUCCACCUCCUUCAGCAUGACUGUACUGGUGAGAGACCACGGCCAGCCGCCUCUCUCCUCCACUGCCACUGUCAUUGUGGCUGUCAUGGAGGUGCCACCCAAGGUGACCCCUGACCCUAAGAGGGUCAUCCGGCCCCACAGCACCCUGCUCUUUUCUAAUUUGACCCUCUAUCUGAUCGUGGCUCUGAGCGCCACCACCUUUGUGUUCCUGGUAACUGUGGUGGUGCUGGCCAUCGUGCGCUGCCAUGCCUACUGCACCCAGCCUGGCUCCUGCUCCCCCUGCUGCGUAUCCCAAAAGACCCCCCCUGACAGCGGGAGCAGCAGCAUAGUAGGUGGGGCUGGGGGUGGUGGUGGGGGACAAUCCAAUAACAAUGUGGCGCUGCGGAGAGACCUCAAGGUGGAUCCUCACUACAUUGAGGUGCGUGGGAAUGGCUCUAUGACCAAGACCUACUGCUACAAGACCUGUCUGACGGCCACCUCAGGCAGCGACACCUUCAUGUUCUACAACACAGGCCGGCCCAUUAGCGGCACCUGGGGUUCUGAGCGCUUCUUCACAGGAGGUAGUGGGUUUGUACGGAGACUAAGCAUGCCCGACGCUUCACUGCAAGUCUGCCCAGAGCCGAAGGCCCCAAAUGCUGACUGGCAAUACUCCACUUCUCUGAGAACAGGGAUGCAGAGCUCGGUCCAUAUGGAGGAAUCGUCAGUGAUGCAGGGAGCCCAGGGGAUGCUGGUCCAGAACUGGCCCACAGUGUCCAGUGCUGCAGAUGGUGAGGGGGGUGAGCUGUCCCCUCCGGUUGGAGCUGGCAUCGACAGUAACAGCUGGCACUUCCGUUACGGGGCUGGCCCUGGCUACGGCCCCCCUCAGGUCCUGAAGCCUGGAGACAUUCCCCCCGAAGCCUUCAUCAUUCCCGGCUCUCCCGCCAUCCUCUCAAUCCGCCAGGGCCCGGGAGGAGAGGAUGACAAGAGUGAUUUCAUUUCCUUCGGCAAGAAGGAGGAAGCCAAGAAGAAGAAAAAGAAGAAGAAGGAGAAGAAAGACAAGAAAGAAAAGGGGAAGGAGGAUGUGGACGAGUAGAGAAGAAAGGGGAGAUAUGAAAACAGAGCUACCAACUAAAGUCCAAAUAACAGCUGCAAGACAAAAAGCCAAAUGUAUAUUUUUGAAUCAGGAGAGUUUCCAUGUGUUGUGAUUGCAUAGUUAAGUCUGCCCAGCCAAGUCCCCAUUAGCAGAGGCCUAUCUCUACAAAACAUGUAAGCAGCCAAUAGUAGCCUCUGUCAGAUUGGCCCUCUGAAGCUUCCAUACCUCUGGCUAUAAAACAGUAUUUUUAAAUAUAUUUAAUAGGCUCUCAUUUACCAGACAUUUGCUGAAAAUUCCACAAAAAUCUAUUUGAUUCGAAUAACCUUUCUAUAAAGAUGAUAAUGCAAUCAACUACCGAUACCCAGAUGUUUCAUAUAUAAAAUGCCAUACAGUAUGUGAGAGAAACCUCACAUACCCUAUUAAUGGUGGUGCUAUAGUCCUGCCAGCCAGCCCGCCUCCCCAAACUUGCUUGAAAUGGGACCCUCCUCCCUGGCCCUUCUGGCUCCUUGUUGGCAUCUCUGUCUUUACUCUGCCACUUGCCUCCUCUGCUCUCCUGAUUGGAGGGGGAGAGGAGGAGCUCAAUCUGACAAAGAGUGACACAGAGGCUCUCAUCUACAGUAAGAUGGAAGCCUUGUGCGAAAAAUUGAGUAUUUUUUUCUACAAAACACACACACACACACACACACACACACACACAUAUUAGACAGUCAGGGCGGACAGGUAGACACCUCUCUGGAUAGUGUACAGGUCUAACUCAGCCAAAAGACUGAGGCCUAUUUCAGUGGCCUCUUUUCUAUGGGAGUGUAAUAUAUGACAGGAACUCUUGCUUGUUGUUUCAUUUCUGUUCAAGUCUGAUCCCCCCCCACUUCUGUCAGUCAAUGUUCAAUAGUCAAUGUUCAGUAGUUCUUUAAGCCCCGCCUCCUUACCUUGCCCACUUUGGUGCUAGUAGGAUUCACUCACACGCCUCGUCUGUUGACGCCUCUCCUCCGUCCUCCGAUCACCAUGUUCAGGAGGCCUCUCUCAAAGACACUCUUAACUUCUGAUAACUUGUUCCUCUGCAAACACAGCAACAGAAUGAACUUGUAUAACACACUCACACACUUUCUGUUAGCUUUAACCGAGCCUUGCUACUGAAAUAUCAACGUUCUUAGCACUGUUUUGGGGACAAGUUGCCGUCUCUUCCACCAGUUACACACAGGGUAGUGGGGCAAACAUAAGGAGCUUAUGGACUGGCUUCCUUCUUUCCAGAUGGAGAGAAAAAGAGGGAUGGAAGGACAUAGAGGCAAGGAGAGAGAAGUGGAUUUGUAGUGAUGGGCACUCCAGUCCACAGACAUUCCCUGGAGAGCUUUGUUGCUGUGUUAAAUUCUUUACUCAUAUUUUGUGAUGAAAAGGAAGCAUCAACAGCAUUGAGUCUUCUCCAGAAUAGAGCAUCCCCAUAAUGAACUCAGUAUGUGUGAGGGCUAAUUCCACAGCAUCGCCUACUCACCUCUCUGUUUCCUCUUCCUGGCUGAUAUCUGACCAAUCAGAGGGGACAGAGGGAUGAUGCUAGCGCUGCUAUUGGACUGAAUCCCCCCACAUUAUACACGUGCUCCCCCUUCAGGUGUGAAUCUGUGCUGUCAGAUCACUAAGUGGCUGUUUGCAUGUUAUAAGCAAAGGAAAUAUAUAUAUAGAUCUAUAUAGAUAGAUAUGUUUCAUUUCCUUCAACCAUUUAUCACAAAUUCAGAGAUAUGACCAUCAUCUCUGCUAAAAUAUGUAUACAUACUCACUCUCGAAAACACACAUGAACACAAAUACGCACAUACUAUGUAUUCCUAGACAAGCAGGGAAUCACUUGUUUUUAUUCUGUUGAAGUUCAAUUAAAAUAACCUUCUAAAUAUAAGUAAUGCUGUAGUUAUGCUAUGAAAUGCUUUUUUUGUUUAUGCCCUUAUGAUUUUUGAGGAUUACAAAAUGAGUCCUUUACCUUGUGUUAAGCUAUGAACUGAUGAUCAAAGAAACACUGUAACGUAAUACUGAAUCAUUUAUUCACCUUCGAUAUAUAUCCCCAACACCUUUGAAAAUGUUUUUAUAAUGUUGAGAAAAAAACUCUAACAAAAUUGUCCAUAAAAGAUGCUAAUCUUGAUGUACUCUAUGCUUGUGUGUAGUUAAUGUUUCCUGAGUCAUCUGGUGCCUGGAUGGCACUCAGCAGUCCACUGUGACAUUGCAGAUCUAUUAAUAACCUUUUGUACACCUGCUCAUCAAUGUAAUGGUGAUAUAGUGAUUUGUCUUUUUUAUUAUUUGAUGAAUCUGGUAUUGUGUUUUGUUUAUAAAUCACAAAUAAAAUGUUAUUUCUUAAAUAUUGUAAAAAAAA